UUUGAUUGAAUAUAAAUUCCACUAAUCCAAAGAAAGGAUAGCUGGGAGCUAAACAGCCCGCCCUUACGCUUUGUGGACAACAACUCCCAUUUUAGGGCGGAAAGACAUGUAUUUUGUCAAUAUAUGCAUAUAUUGCCCCAAUGCAUCGUAAACAGGAAGCACAACCUCCUCAUGACCUUCUUCGAGCUGAAAACGAAGCGGCAGCUCUCCCUAGCGGUUAGCAAGCAGUUAGCAGCGAAGGGAGUGGAGAGAUUGAGAAGUGAAAAGGCAGGAAGGAAGGCCGUGGUACAUCGGCGUCUCCUAUACUAGAUCUGCAGUGGCUACGGCUGGGGAGAUGUCUGUGUUGACCUGAUCUCCUCCUCUCUUGCAGUAGAUGUGUGCUGUGCCUUCAAGAUGAGUGUGAAGGCAUUUGAGCUGGUCCCUGCCGUGGAGCGGGAGCUCCUGAUGGGAGACAAGGCCCGCAUCAACAUUGAGUGCAUUGAGUGCUGCGGCAAGCACCUGUACGUGGGCACCAACGACUGCUUCAUACAUCACUUCCUGCUGGAGGAGCAUGCCACGACCAAGGGGAUGCUAUCCUACACCGUCCAGAAGCUGCUGUUCAGGUACCUGGGCCUGAAAAAGCCUGUGGAGGCCCUGAAGGCCGCCUCAGCGUUAGAACGCAUCAUUGUGCUCUGUGAUGCUACAGUUAGUGUUGUUGACAUGAUCACCUUAGAACCCGUGCCUUCGGGCGGGGCCAAGAUUAAGGGCGUGGCCGCGUUCUGCGUCAACGAGAACCCGGUGAACGGGGACCCGUUCUGCGUGGAGAUCGGGGUGAUCUCGGCCCGGCGGCGCACCGUGCAGAUAUACAUGGUGUACGAGGACAGGGUGCAACUGGUGAAAGAGGUCAACACACCGGAGCAGCCAUGUGCGGUCAGUCUGGACGGUUAUUUCCUGUGCCUGGCCCUCUCCACGCAGUACAUGAUCCUUAACUACAGCACAGGGGCCGCGCAGGACCUGUUCCCCUACGACAGCGAGGAGAGGAAGCCCAUCGUCAAGAGGAUCGGCAGGGAGGAGUUCCUCUUGGCUGCCCCCGGUGGCCUGGGUAUGUUUGCCAAUGCAGAAGGUAUAUCCCAGCGUGCCCCAGUGAACUGGUCAGAGAGUGUGAUGGGAGCAGCGGUGUGCUUUCCCUAUGUGGUGGCGCUAGACGAGGGCUUCGUCACCGUCCACAGUAUGCUGGACCAGCAGCUCAAACAGACCCUCUCCUUCAGAGACGGACACAUCCUACAGGACUUUGAAGGUAAGGUGGUUCUGGCCUCCACUAAGGCUGUGUACGUGCUGGUGCCCCUACCUCUGGAGAGACAGAUCCAGGAGCUGCUAGCUGGACACAGAGUGGAGGAGGCCCUCACCCUUACAGAGGGAGCCAGGAGGAACAUUCCCAAAGACAAGUUCCAGAUAUUGCACAAAAGAAUCCUCCAGCAAGCAGGAUUCAUACAGUUUGGACAGCUUCAGUUUUUAGAAGCAAAAGAACACUUCAGGACAGGUCAGUUGGACGUCCGGGAGUUGAUCUCCCUCUACCCUCUCCUCCUCCCAGCCUCCUCCUCCUUCACCCGCUGCCACCCGCCGCUCCACGAGUUCGCCGACCUCAACCACCUGGCGCAGGGGGACCAGGAGAAGGUCCAGAGGUGCAAGAGGUUCCUCAUCACGUACCUGGGUGAGGUGCGAAGCACGGAGGGGGCUAACGGCUGCCGGGAGGAUGUGGACACGGCUCUGUUGAAGCUGUACGCUGAGCAGGACCACGAGAGUCUUCUGGACCUGCUGGCCUCCCCCAACGCCUGUUUACUGGCAGACAGCGCCCCCUGGCUAGAGAAACACCACAAGUAUUUUGCACUAGGCCUCCUCUACCAUUAUAACGGACAGGAUUCAGCUGCUCUACAGUUGUGGGUGCGGGUAGUGAAUGGGGACCUUCAGGACUCUACCAGGUCUGAUCUGUAUGAGUACAUUGUGGACUUCCUGAGUUUCUGUUCCAACCCGGACCUGGUGUGGAAAUAUGCAGACUGGGCCCUGCAGAGAGACCAGACGAUAGGGGUGCAGAUCUUCACCAGGAGGCCGGUGGGUCAGGACCAGGUUAAGGAGCAGAAGGACCAAGUUAAGGAGCAGGUGAACCCAGACGACGUCAUCACGUACCUGGGGAAACACAGCCAGGCUCUGCUGCUGUACCUGGAACACCUGGUGCUGGGCCAACGGAUACAGAAAGAGAAGCUCCACACCCACCUGGCAGUGCAGUAUACAGACAGAGUCCUGUCUCUCCUGUCUCAGUCCCCCACAGCGGACCAACAGGUGUCUCUAGCACGGGACAAACUCCAGCUCCUCCUCAGGGAGUCCAGCCUGUACCGCGUCCAACUACUACUGGGUAAGAUCCAGGAGUAUGACCAGUUGUUUCUGGAGAGAGCCACGCUCCACGGGAAACUAGAGGAGCACGAUAAGGCGUUACACAUCCUGGUGCACCAGCUCAAAGACUUCCCCGCUGCUGAGGCCUACUGCGUAAGGGGUUCCGCCUCCCGGGACCCGGCCUACCAGCAGCGCCUCCUCCACCUCCUUCUGGGGGUCUAUCUGGACCGGGACCUUCCCAGUAGUACCGGCACCGGGGAGCUGGAGAUGGCAGCGGUGGAUCUGUUAAACCGGCAUGGGGAGCUGUUUGACGCGGUGCGCGUGCUGGACCUGCUUCCUGAAGGGUGGUCCCUGCAGCUGCUUCGCCCGUUCCUCGGACGCGCCCUGCGGGGGAGUAUGCACGCCUGCCGUACCUCCCAGGUUGCACUGGGGCUGGCGAGGUCAGAGAACCUACAGCUGCAGCACAACAGGUUGAAGCAGAGGAGAAGCCCAGUCCUGGUAUCAGAGAAGAAGGGCUGUGUUCUGUGUCACAACACCUUCAGCGAGCCGGACUGCGUGUGUCUUCCAGGAGGCGUGCCCGUACACACACACUGUGCCGCCCAGAGGGUGGUACGAGACUCGCCCACCAGGAGACAACUAGCCAAUAGCAACAACCACACAUGAAGCCCCUUCCCACCACCACCCAAGCCUCGCCCAGAGCCAGUGUGAUGGGAGGAGCCUAGCAACAGCCCGGGCUGUGAUUGGUUGCGUGUGGGGGGUCACAUCAGAUGAUGACUAUGGUGGAUAAAAGCACAGCGGUUACCAUGGCUACCGUGGUCCAGCAUAGUGGGAGCAGCCCUGGAGCAUACUCAGAAACACAGAGCUGACUGCACUUCUCUACCGUGUGUGUGUGUGUGCUCAUUUGUGAAUGAAUGAAGGAAGGUAUUUAUUCCAGUGCCACCAUUCAUAAACAACAGGGAGACUGAUGACCGACUGAGUUGUGAAUGAAGUUGUACAACAAGAACUAACUCCACAUCAUCCAUAAUGACUCUAAACAUGCUAUGUCUGUCCUGGUCCAGUGCUGAACCCCUCCUCUGUUAUGUCUGUCCUGGUCCAGUGCUGAACCCCUCCUCUGUUAUGUCUGUCCUGGUCCAGUGCUGAACCCCUCCUCUGUUAUGUCUGUCCUGGUCCAGUGCUGAACCCCUCCUCUGUUAUGUCUGUCCUGGUCCAGUGCUGAACCCCUCCUCUGUUAUGUCUGUCCUGGUCCAGUGCUGAACCCCUCCUCUGUUAUGUCUGUCCUGGUCCAGUGCUGAACCCCUCCUCUGUUAUGUCUGUCCUGGUCCAGUGCUGAACCCCUCCUCUGUUAUGUCUGUCCUGGUCCAGUGCUGAACCCCUCCUCUGUUAUGUCUGUCCUGGUCCAGUGCUGAACCCCUCCUCUGCUAUGUCUGUCCUGGUCCAGGCCCAAACCUGAGGUGAGUUUGAGUCUAUCCCUGGGCAGGGUCUUACUGCAGAACACAGUACUAGCAGACCAGUUAGGCACCUCCUUCACUACAGUGGCUCCUCUCUGCUGCUGGUAUCUGAGACUGAACUUGAAGACGAUGAUUCCCCAGUGAGGCUGCGUUCACAGCCAGGAGAGUUCCUAAGUGUUGCUAAAUGUUCUGCUGUGUUGCACACGCUCUCUCACCCCUCCAACCUGCUCCCCAACCCAAACCUUGUGUCCACACUUCUCAAGAACUGUCUCUCUGCCUUCAAGCAAAAAAACAAUGGUUUGGUUUUCACUUUGCUAACCAAGGUGGGGUUGAAACAUCCAGCUAACCUGAUGCUAGCUGGUUUCAGCUCAGACCAGGGCCGUAUUCAUUAGGCACCAAACUGAAGAAAACGGGAGAGGGACUAGCUGAGCCAUCUCGAAAAACAAACUUGUUUUCCUUUUCCACUGCAAAACGUUUUGCUUCGGUGUUCCCUGAUGAACGUGACCCAGCUCUAUGGGAUGUGAAAUGCUAAAACACUGAACAGAAGAAUUGGCUAAUGUUUCACUAACCAAAGCUACGUUUAACCUGGUCCCAGAUCUGUUCGUGCUCAUGCCAACUUCAUUGCUAUUAGUCAUGCCAAUUAUUUUUGGCAUGACUAUGAGUGACAAGGAGUUGUCAUGGUGACACAAACAGACUGGCAUUCAGGCUAAGCUAUGUCCUAUUUAUAGAGUUCUCAGCCUUGUAUCUGUCCCAUUAUGGUGUCAGUGACAGCAUGGGCAGCACCACUGAGGCCAUCACCAUUUUAAAGUAGUACAUUUUCUAAUUCUUUUGAUGUUUGAAAAGGUGUAUCGCUCAUAUUAGUGAUUUACCGCCACCUGCAUUGUCUGGGGUCUUGAACCAAAUCUUGUAAUUAAUUAAUUUAUUGUGGCCACUAGAAGGCAGUGAUGUAGCUUAAAGCCAUUUAUAAACUAAGCAAACCAAUUUUGAAGAAGACAAUGCUCUGAUCAUUGACUGAUCACUCCCAACUCAUAGGAAGCACUGUCCAGUUCACUACUUUAAAAUGGUGGAAGCGCUCAGUGGCAAAGCUCAUGCAAAUCGUGUUAUUUCCAAGUAAUGAUCUCUAUACAUCUCUAUGGUCCUGUCCCAGUUCAUGUAGAUCAGUGAACAACAUGAUUGUGGGUCGAACAAAGCAAGAAAUCAGCCUUUGUAUUAACACAUUGAUUUACAGGGAAUCCUUCAAUUAUGCAACUUAGCCGGUAAAAUAUAAAUAGUUUUAGUACCGAUGCGUUAGAACCAGAUGAGCAUUUUGUGAACAGUAAAAGGGAAAAUGCAUUGCAGUCUAUUUGCUUUAAUUGUUUUGUUCUCACGCUGCUUGCAAGGUUUAUAGCGAACUGAUUUAUCUGUCAAACUAUUUUGACUUUUUAAAAUGUGUGAAAUGUCAAACUUUUGAUGGAUUUUGCAAUAGACCAUUUGAUGAGCACAGACUAAGUGAAACACCUCUUUUCACACACACUUCCUUCUCGGUUCUUCUUCUCUAUGAUGAAGAUUCAGUUUGUUUCUCUGUUGGUGAAGGGUGUUGUGUCUCUGUCUGUUUCUCAGGUGGCACCCUAUUUCCUAUAUAAUACACUACAUUUGACCAGGACCUCUGUCCAUUUGGGAUGCACCCUCUGUCUUUGGGGAUGGAGCUCUGAUCAAAACAAUGUUUAUUUUUAAUUCAGCCUUUAAUUGAAAAGCCAGUCCUGAUCACAGUGCUACCAUGUGAAUAGAAACAGCCAGGUAUGACUCUACAUGUUGUAGAUGAAGGUGUUGCUGUCUGCCUCUCUAUUCCCUCCAUACUUCACUACUGCUUUGAUUCCCUAUUGGCACCUGCACCGGUUCUGUACUUAAUGUUCUGUUAUUUCAUAAAGGAAUGAAUCACUGUCUGUUACAUGAUUGAAGAUCUAAAUGAUGUUUCUUUAAUCAUUGAAAGAGGGUGAAGUAGGAUGGAAGUGUAGAAUACCAGACUGAGCAGUCUUCAAGGUUUUGUUACACGCCAAAGGUAUUGUUCCCCUGAUAUUUGGGGAAAACACAAAUAAAAAAUAAUAAUUAUUGUGUGUGUAAAGCCAGUAGCAUAUUUGUGGGCAUGGCGGACUAUUCCAGUCGCUGAUUCCAUGCACAGUGAUUGGCCAGGAUAACUAGGUCAGGCGUACCGAUUGGACACAUUAAUCACAGUAACUCCACCCCCCCCCAAGAGUGGCACGUUUUGGAGGAGAUGAUGUCAGUGGAUGGACAACACCUUUAACACUGUCUGGCACCCUAUUUAGUAUGUAGUGUACUACUUUGGACCAGGGCACAUAAUGGGUCUGGUCAAAAGUAGUGCAGUAUAUAGGACAUUGGGUUCCAUUUCAGACAGCUUCAGUACCAUCCAUCCUUCUGUAUGGUCAUCUCUGGAUGGUUAUUCAAAAUGGACCCAUCGUUUCAGUGACGUCUGAUUUCAAGAUUGGCCUGUUUUUAGAUUGUUACAUGUUGAAUAACAUCUUAACUUUGGUUCCAGGCUUCCUUCUGUUUAGUGCCUGGGCUGUCGACGUUAUACACAUGGGCUCAGGUCUAAAGUAGUGCACUAUAUAGGGAAUGGGGUGCCAUUUGGGAUGCAGUGGUUUACUCUGCACAAACAAGGACUUACUGUCUUCUGCCUUCUCCCCUGACACCAAUAACACAAUGUGUAUAAACAUGACCUUAAACAAACCUCCUUCUCUGGCUCUCUCCUGAUGUAUUUUAUAUAGAUACUGGUAUGUGUAUAUACUGUAUAUAUAGUAGUUUGUUGCUUUGUAAAUCAAUGUAGGUGGAAUGUACAACAUGUGAAGAUGUCCAUUUUAAUAAACAUGUCUACAUGCUGA